GCAGAAAACACGCGUGCGGCAAUUGCAGCACAUUUUGCAAAAUAAACACACUAUCAAUGUUUCAACAAUAAAUAUUCUGGUACAACAAUCGAAAAAGCAAGUAGGUAUUAACAAUGGUCAGCAAGACUGCAUUUUCGCCGCUCUUAGUGAAGAAGAAGCUGGGAUUGAAAUCGUAUGUGAAUAAGUUCCGCAAGUAUACAAAGCAUCCGGAAAAUUACCUUAAACUACAGAAACCAUUGGCUAAAAAGUUAAAGUUGUUCGUCAAAGAAAUAUAUGACCAUGGCACGAAGAGUCCAACUGUGGCCAACCGGAAACCGCUGCCGUAUCUGAAUGAACUCGUUACAGAGCAAAUGGAUGAAGAGCAAAUUUGGCAGCAACUAGAGCUCAAGAAUGAUCAUUUCAUCGAGCAGGAUUUGAAGAAUUUCUUAAAUGUUGUAUCGAAGAAUGAAAAAAGUUUGCAGCUUUCGUUUAGCACGAAACCCAUUUCCGAGGAUGGAUCGGACGAAGGUUCGUCCGCUAAAGAAAUGCACGAAUCGGAUGAAGAUAAUGGGAUCGAUGGAGAUGAUAUCGAUUCAGGGGAAGAAAACGAGGCAAACGGGAAAGUCAUGGACUUGCAAGAGGAAACAGCAUUGAAGCGAUCGAAGAAACUAAAGAAAAAGGAAAGGAAGCAAUCCAAUGGGAAGAAAUCGGUUGUAGAUGAUCGUUUCUUCAAGCUGGAUGACAUGGCAAGGUUCUUGGACGAAGAAGAUGAUCGUGAGAGACGAAAGCAAAAUGGGUUGAAGGAGAAAAACCCUCUCAUUGAGAUUGAUUAUUUUGAUGAUCAUACUGGAGAGGACGAUGACGAUGGAGCUGAUUUGAAAUAUGCAGAUUUCUUCGAAGAUGAAGAUGAUAACGAAGACGGUGAGGAUGAAGAAACGGAAGACGAGAACAUUGAAGACGAAGCUGACGAAAAGGAGGAUGAAAAUGGCGUUGAACAAGAACAGGAAGAAGAAUUAUCCGAUGAAGCCGAAGUUGAACGCAAUCGGAAGCUGCGGUACGAAAUAUAUAAAGGUGGUUUAUCUUUACCAGAUGAAAUUCCUCCCAAGAAGGUGGUAGUUGAUCAACCGGAGUCCAGUGACAGUGGAAGUGAGGACGAGAAAAGCCAAGACAAACACGAUGGCCCAAAGUCUUCUUACGAACUUCGGCAGGAAAAGCUCAAUGAAAAGAUAACACUAAUGGAAUCAAAGCUGCUGAAAGAUAAACCGUGGCAACUAAAGGGAGAAAUCUCUGCCGAAACACGACCCAAAAACUCUUUGCUCGAAGAGGUCUUAGAAUACGAGCAUACAACCCGCCCUGCGCCCGUUAUAACGGAGGAAACGACAAUGCGACUGGAAGACAUCAUAAAGCAGCGGAUCAGAAAUAAAGCAUAUGACGAUGUGGAGAGAAAGGUACGCCCACCGGACAAUCCACGCGAGUAUCGGAAGCAGUUAGUGCUGGAUGGAGAGAAGAGUAAGGAGUCUCUGGCCAAGGUGUACGAGCAGGAUUAUUUGAAACAACUAGAGAAAGCUAACCCCGACGCUGAUGUUCAAGCAAACGAAGAGGAAGAACCUAAGGAACACAAGGAAAUUCGACACAUGAUGAAAGUGGUGCUAGCACAGUUAGAUGCACUGUCGAACUUCCACUACACGCCACGUCCAGCUGCCCCUGAGUUGAAGAUUCUUACGAAUACGCCUGCCAUCAGCAUGGAGGAGGUUGCUCCGGUUGCAACAAGUGAUGCCACUUUGCUGGCUCCUGAGGAAGUCCAUAGACGACCGAAGGGAGACGUCAUGUCAAAGGAGGAGCGUACCAAAACGGACCAGAACCGCGAACGGCGGUUGAAGAAGCGUUUCCAGCAAGAGAAGUACCGUCGCGAGGCGGAACGGGAACAAAAACAACUCGAGAAGGCGGCAGGACAAAGCAGUUCAAAACAAAACCGAGCGCUGCAGACGUCUCUGCUGAAGAAGGUAACGAAAGCGAAAAAUGUGCAGCAGAUGCUGGAAACUUCGUCCGGUCCGGCCAAAUCGUCUAGCGCAUUCUUCUCGCAGCUGCAGGAUGAGGUUCGCUCCCAAGCUAAAUCGAAAGCAGAAGGAACGGUGAAAAAGAAGAAGAAAAACACUGAAAAUUUAAUAGCCAGUAACUUCAAGCUGUAAUAAAUGUGUACAGGAGCAAUUAUGGAUACAAAAAAAGAUUUCGUUAAUAAACAAUGCUUCCUAUUUCAAUAGUUAGCAAUA